AUGGGAGGUCAGAUCACCAGAAAUACCCUGUACGAUUCUCUGAAUGGGCCAUUUCCAGCCACAUCCCACCGAUGCCAUCACAAGCCUAAAUGCUGUCUGCCCAUUCAGCCAUGCAGCAGUCUGUCGUCCUUUCCUCUGCUCUUCCACCCCAGCACCAAGGGCUCGCAGAUCGUCAUGGACAUGUCCCAGAGGACCGUCAAGAGACAGGCCAGCUUCUGUAACGCUAUCACCUUUAGCAACAGACCUAUUGCUGUAUAUGAGCAAGUUCGGCUGAAGAUCACUAAAAAGCAGUGCUGCUGGAGCGGUGCUCUGCGUCUUGGUUUUACAUCCAAAGACCCGUCCAGGAUCAACCCAGACACCCUACCAAAGUACGCCUGUCCCGAUCUGGUCUCUCAGAGCGGCUUCUGGGCAAAAGCUCUGCCGGAGGAGCUCUCAAAUGAGGGGAACGUAAUCUCCUUCUGGGUGGACAAGAAGGGCCGGGUGUUCUAUCGAAUGAAUGAUGCUAGCCCCAUGCUGUUUUUCAGCGGGGUUCAAGUCUCUGAACCUUUAUGGGCUCUCAUAGAUGUCUACGGCCUCACCAGGGGGGUCCAGCUGCUAGACAGUGAGAUGGUCCCCCUGGACUGCUUGCGUCCUCGCUCUUGUGCUGCCACCCACCGAGCCUCUAUUCAGCGAAACAGUGAUGACCCUCGCCUUUCCAUCAGCCUGUGUGACCUGAGCCUGCAGCAGCAAGAGAUGCAUCUGGAGGAGGAUGAUGAGGAAGAAGAACAGCUACAAUCCUUAAGCUCCUCUUCUUGCCAUGUGCCCCAGAAUUCUCAAAACUCACAACAGUGCUCACUGCUGCCCAGCCAUUUGGACAAUGAUCUGCAUUUCCACUCAGUGCAUGGUAUCCAUGUUACUGGACUGGAUAAGCAUACAGUGGCGCGGCUGGAUCACCGCGGUGACGAAAGGACCCUGGUGUUCACCAGUCGGCCGAUGCACUGCUCAGAGACUGUCUUUGUGAAGAUGAAAGCAGGUGUCACACGGGCUGGCUCUCUUUCUUACGGUGUGACAUCCUGCGACCCAGCCACCCUGAGGCCUAGUGACCUGCCAUCCAACCCAGAGUCCCUGGUUGACCGCAAGGAAUUCUGGGCAGUGUGUCGGGUGGCGGUGCCGCUUCACAGUGGAGAUAUCUUUGGCUUUGUGGUGAAUGCAGAAGGGGAGGUGAUGAUGAGCCAUAACGGUGUCAGGGCAGGGAUGCAACUGUGUGUAGAUAACUCCCGACCUCUCUGGAUGUUCUACGGUCUGCACGGUACCAUCACACAACUCAGGAUUUUAGGCUCAUCUCUGCACCCAGAUCCCCGAGGCCCAUCAGUCCCCAGUUCUCCAUCCUGUACGCCCAACACUCCCAGAAUGCUUUGCAGUGGCAACUCGGAGCCCAACCUUAACACACCUUUUAACAUCAACCUCAAUUCCAGCACCUCAGGUACAACACCAAGCUCUCCAUUCUCCAGUCACUCAGAGUCCCCUACCUUCCCAUCCUGCUCAGGAUCAUGGAGUGACGAAUGCACCAUCUGCUACGAAAAUGUGGUGGACACUGUCCUCUACGCCUGUGGACACAUGUGUCUCUGCUACACCUGUGGCCUCAAACUCAAGAAGAUGGCCAACGCGUGCUGCCCCAUCUGCAGGAGGACAAUCAAAGACAUAAUCAAGACCUACCGGAGCACGUAG